AUGCGCGUCGCCUUCGUCCCACGUCCGUUCCUGCGUCUAGUCGUGGAGUGUACCGUGGUCUACCAACGCCUCCGCACCCUCACUGAGUUCCGCACCAUGGCCGUUGCCCCCUACCCUGUCUUCGUCUGCCGCGACAAUGUCUGGCUCAAGAUUCAGAGCGAUGAGCUCCUCCCCGGCGACGUCAUUUCUGUCGCCCGGCAACAGACCGAGACGAGCAUCCCCGCCGACAUCCUCCUCAUCCGCAGCACCUGCAUCGUCAACGAGGCCAUGCUCUCCGGCGAGUCCACCCCGCUCCUCAAGGAGUCCAUCUCCCUCCUCAAGCCGGCCGAAGCCCUCGACGCCGACGUCGCGCACAAGAACGCCAUCCUCUUCUCCGGGACGAAGCUCCUCCAGGCCACGCACGACAGCGACACGCCCGAGGGCGGCUGCCUCGGCGUCGUCCUCUGCACCGGGUUCGGGACCGCGCAGGGCCAGCUCGUGCGCACGAUGAUCUUCUCGACCGAGCGCGUGUCAGCGAACAACGCCGAGAGCUUCCUGUUCAUCGGCUUCCUCCUCAUCUUCGCCAUCGCCGCGAGCUGGUACGUGUGGGUCAAGGGCAUCGAGCGCGACCUCAAGAAGUCGAAGCUGCUCCUCGACUGCAUCCUCAUCAUCACGAGCGUCGUCCCGCCCGAGCUGCCGAUGGAGCUGUCCCUCGCCGUCAACGCGUCCCUCGUCACGCUGUCGAAGUAUGCCAUAUUCUGCACGGAGCCCUUCCGGAUCCCGUCUGCAGGCCGCGUCGAUGUCUGCUGCUUCGACAAGACUGGUACCAUCACUGCGGAGAACCUCGUUGUGGAGGGCGUUGCCGGUGUCGACCCCACCGACUCCCUGAAGCUCGUUGAUGUCAAGGCUACCGGCCGCGAAACCACCUUGGCCCUUGCGGCUGCGCACGCCCUUGUGCGGCUCGACGACGGUACCAUCGUCGGUGACCCCAUGGAGCGAACCACGCUCGAGGCCCUCAACUGGCACGUUAUCAAGGGCGACAGCGUCAGGCCCAUCGAGUCCUCUGCGCCGCACAAGACCUCCCUCAUCGUCCGCCGCAGGUUCCAGUUCUCCUCUGCCCUCAAGCGGAUGAGCACCGUCUUGACCCUGCCCAACGGCCGCUGCAUGGUUGCUACGAAGGGUGCUCCGGAGACCAUCCGCCGCAUGUUGUCCACCGUUCCCGCCAACUACGAUGACACCUUCAAGUGGUUUACUCGUCGCGGAAGCCAUGUCUUGGCGCUCGGAUUCAGGGAGAUGGAGCCUAUGCCCCUUGACAAGAUCAAGAAGCUCCAUCGUGACCAGGUCGAGUUGGGUCUGACGUUCGCGGGUUUCUUGGUCUUCCACUGCCCCCUCAAGGAAGAUGCUGUCGAGACUCUGAAGAUGCUUGGCGAUUCGUCACACCGCUGCGUCAUGAUCACCGGAGACAACCCGCUCACUGCCGUUCACGUCGCCCGUGACGUUGAAAUUGUCGACCGUGAGGCACUCAUCCUCGAUGUCCCCGAAGGUUCUUCCACCCUCGUCUGGCGCUCCGUUGACGAUACCGUCAACAUCACCGUGGACCCCACCGCUCCGAUCGACACCUUGCUGUUCGACAAGUACGACAUCUGCAUCACCGGCGUCGCGAUGAAGCUAUAUGAAGCGCACCCGUCCUGGAACGACCUCGUGCAGAACACGUGGGUGUACGCUCGUGUAUCGCCCGCGCAGAAGGAGUUCAUCCUCACCUCCCUCAAGUCCCUCGGCUAUGUCACCCUCAUGGCCGGUGACGGCACCAACGACGUCGGCGCGCUCAAGCAGGCCCACAUCGGCGUCGCGCUCCUCGACGGCACCGAGGAGGACCUAAAGAAGAUCGCGGAGCACCAGCGCAACGAGCGGCUGAAGACGGUGUACGAGCAGCAGCUCAAGAUCUCGGAGCGCUUCAACCAGCCGCCGCCGCCGGUGCCGCCGCUGAUCGCGCACCUGUACCCGGACGUCGUCGCCGCGCAGCAGCGCGCGGUCGCGGACCAGCAGACGGCGCGGAAGAAGAACCCUAUGGAGAAGUUCGACCUCGCGUCGAUCACGGACAAGCUCGCCGAUAUGGACGCGGAGGACGAGGUGCCGAAGAUCAAGCUCGGGGACGCGUCGUGCGCCGCGCCGUUCACCUCUAAGCUGUCGAACGUCAAAGCGAUCACGCACAUCAUCCGCCAAGGGCGCUGCACGCUCGUGGCCACGAUCCAGAUGUACAAGAUUCUGGCGUUGAACUGCCUCAUCACUGCGUACAGCCUGAGUGUGCAGUACCUGGACGGGAUCAAGUUCGGCGACUACCAGGUCACCAUCACGGGUAUGCUCAUGUUGGUCUGCUUCCUGUGUAUUUCUCGUGCGAAGCCCGUCGAGAAGCUGUCUCGGGAACGUCCUCUGGGCAACAUCUUCAACUUUUACGUUCUGCUGUCCGUCCUGUUCCAGUUCGCCCUCCACAUCGCGACGCUCGUCUACAUCACACAGCUCUCGUACCAGUACAAGACGCGCGGCGAGAUCGACCUCGAGGCCAAGUUCGAGCCGAACCUGCUGAACACGGCCAUCUACCUCCUUGGGCUCUCCCAGCAAGUGUCCACGUUCGCGAUCAACUUCCAGGGCCGGCCCUUCCGGGGGGGCAUCCGGGAGAACCCCGCGCUCUACUGGGGCCUCGUCCGCGCGUCCGCAGUCGCAUUCUCGGGGGCGACGGACCUGAUGCCGGAGAUGAACCGCUGGCUGCAGAUCGUGGAGAUGGAGGGUGCGUUCAAGGUGCGGCUGACGGCGUCGAUGACGGUCGACUUUGUGGGCUGCUUCGUGAUCGAGCAUGCGGUGUGCAAGCGGCUGUUCGCGAACCUGGAGCCGAAGCCGAUGAUCACCAAGGGCUGGGAGCGGCGAGAAAGGCGGAGGGCGGAGGAGCAGGCGAAGAAGGAGUGA